GAAGGAAUCUAACCCAACGUUCUUGUGCAUUGUAUUUUUCCCCAAACCAGGAUUUCCCAUUCCCAAACCUUGGCCAGAUGGAGAAGGAGGCUGCUGUGAGGAAGAGGAAGAUGCCCCAGGACACCCAGGCAGACAAGGAGCUGAGGAUGGAGACCAGGGAGGACAAAUCCCCACAGGAGAAGCUCAUGGAAGAGGCCGUUUUGAGCAGCUCCACAGUGCAGGAAUCUAAUGGGGAGGAAAAGCUUCCGAGAUCCCACAGGAGGAGGGGCUCCAAACCCAUCCCAGGGUGCUCUGAGGAGGAAGGACCCACCCUGUGCUGGGAAGGCGGCUGGAGAUCCAGCCAGGCCUCUGAGCUGGUGGUCCAUGAGCAGCUUCAGGAUGGGGAGAAGCCCUACAAGUGCUUGGAGUGUGGGAAGAGCUUCAGCCAGAGCAACAGCCUGAUCUGCCACCAGAUGAUCCACACUGGGGAAUGGGCCUACGAGUGUGAGCAAUGUGGGAAGGGCUUCAGCUGCAACUCCAAACUCAUCAUUCACCAGCGCAUCCACACUGGGGAGAGGCCCUACGAGUGUCUCGAGUGUGGGAAGAGUUUUCAGACCAGCUCCACUCUCCUCAGGCACCAGCGGAUUCACAGAGAUGAGAGGCCCUUCCGCUGCCCCGACUGUGGGGAGGGCUUCAAGCGAAACUCCCACCUUGUUAGGCACCGGCACAUCCACACCGGGGAGAGGCCCUACGAGUGUCCCGAGUGUGGGAAGAGGUUUCAGAGCAGCUCCAAUCUCCUCCAGCACCAGCGGAUGCACAUGGAUGAGAGACCCUUCCGCUGCCCCGAGUGCAGGAAGGGCUUCAAGCACAACUCCACCCUCAUCAGGCACCGGCGCAUCCACACUGGGGAGAGGCCCUAUGAGUGUGGGGAAUGUGGGAAGAGCUUCAGCCGGAACUCCAGCCUGAUCUGCCACCAGAGGAUCCACACCGGGGAACAGGCCUAUGAGUGUGAGAAAUGUGGGAUGACCUUCAGCCGGAGGUCCCAUCUGACCAUCCACCAGAUGAUCCACACUGGGGAGAGUCCCUAUGAGUGUCCCGAGUGUGGGAAGAGGUUUCAGACC